ACAGAAAGUGCAAGAAAAGAGGUAGUCACUGAUUUAAGUUAUUAGAGUUGUGUCAUUUCAUGAUGCAUUAAAGGUAUCAAGGAGUAAAAUGAAUUUUGUUAGCUGUGUUUACACACACCAUUACCUUUGUUCACCAACACUGUAAAUUAGCAGUUGUUUUGUCAUUUCAUUUUAAAAUGCUGAGUAAUGUCUAAAACAAAACAACACUAUUCUUCAAGUCAGAUUAGAAACAAAACUAUUGGGUCAAAUUUUUACUUUUUCUAAACAAUUCUUUGUCCUCCUUCCUGCCAUGCGUUUAACCUUGUACGGGUUUAACAGUUGAGAGCUUUUGUUAAUCUUCUCGUGAAGGUCUUUUUGAUAUGGGGCUCUGAACUGACUGAUCCCCUUCUGUUGACCUCCCCUAUAAAAAGGCAGUAACUCUGUUGUUCCUGAGACUGGCAUCAGCAGCCUUCAGUGGUACCACAGCGAGAUGGUGAACAUCAGUGAGCUGCCUCUGCUGCUCCAGCCCCAUCAGGGCGACCGUGUUCUGCAGCCACUCUGGAAUUAUUUGCUUGUCCGACAUCUGCCUCUCAUCUCUUCUCCUUUUUUCCCUGUCCUGAUUGCCUCCUCUUGCUAUUUCAUCUUCAGCAUACCUUUUGCUGCAUUGGACCUCUUGGGAGAAAAAGUGCCUUUAUUCUAUCAGUAUAAGAUCCAACCAGGCAGGCGGCCAACAGUGGGAAUGAUGGUCAAGAGCUUAAUGACAGCGCUGUAUAACCACAUAUUCUUUGUUCUGCCAUCUGUAAUAAUUAGCAUGUUCAUACUGCCUACACCAAUACUGCCACAGGAUGCUCCUACUCUGUAUGAGGUAUUCAUUGACGGGCUGGCAAUACUACUACUUUUUGACACACAGUACUACAUUUGGCAUUUCCUACAUCACAAGCAUCCCCAGCUAUACAGGUGGAUUCAUUCAGUCCACCAUGAAUACAUAGCACCUUUCUCAUGGUCCACUGAGCACCUUAGCCCCUCAGAACUGAUUACUGUCGGACUCUGGAGCAACCAGGACCCCAUUCUUCUGAAGUGCCACCCAUUGACCGCAUGGUUUGUCACAGUUUUCAGUAUCUGGAUGUCUGUGGAGGACCACAUAGGCUAUGACCUGCCAUGGAGUCUCAACCACCUUGUGCCUUUCGGUCUGCUGGGUGGUGCACCGGCUCACGACAUGCACCACCAGAAGCCGAGCAGCAACUUCGCUCCUUUCUUCAGCCACUGGGACAUAAUCUUUGGCACUGCUGUUGCUUUGAAGAAAAAAGACUAUACGAAAGUUCUGUAAAUAACGCAUGUAAAGGGUUACUGUUACAUUGAAAAAAUCACUGGUUUUAUAUUUUUAAUGACUAUAUAUGUUAUAGUGCUUGCUGCCUCUUGGCUGCUGCAAAUCCAGGUGUUCAUGUUUGGCAAUGUGACAUAAACUUUGUUUUAAAAGUUUCUUUUUGUAUGGCAAUUCUUUCAAUAAAAUCUGUAUUUUAUAA